AUGCAGGAGGACCAGUCCCUUCUGCGGCACCUGCAGCUGAUCUACAGCAAGAAUGAGUUGUACCGCCAGCUGGAACACCUGCUCGGGCGCCCGGAGAGCGUGGAGCAGGCGGAGGGGUACUACGACGACGUGGAGGAGUUGGUGGCACUCUUUUUGCGCGAGAGCGGCGGCGGGGAUGAGGAGGCGCUGCUCGCGGCGCUCAACUCCGCCAUCAACGGUGCGGCGGCGGAGGACGAGCCCGCCGUUCCGCUGGGGCAGCUGCGGGGUCUGGUGCGGAUUCUGCAGACGAACCUGCGCGGCGUCGACUGGCCGAAGUGCCUCGAGGCCGGUGCGCUCGCGAUCGCGGAGAAGGAGCGGGGCGCGGCGGAGGCGGCGCUGCGGCGUGACUUGCUGCAACAGGAGGAGGAUGCCGCGGCGCAGCAGGACGAGAGGGGGCGGCGGGCGCUCGCGAGCCUCACGACCGACCCUGCGGAGCGCCGUGCGGCGAUGCAGGUGCGGGCGGAGGAGAAGAUGCAGCUGGCGCAGCUGGUGCGCAGCGGCCUGUUGGACGAGUCGGAGCUGCUGCAGCUGCGCACCGACGACGAGGAGGUGGAGCAGGUGGAGCUGAACGAGGAGGAGCCGCGCUUCCUGCGCGGGUUGGUGCGGCACCGGCCCAUCAACUACCGUGCCCUGCUUCCGUCGGAGCAGCUGAUGCGGGCGAGCACGCCGGUGCAGCGGGAGGCGAUUAUCGCGCGACGAGCCAUGCAGCAGGCGAACGCCGAUGAGAUUGAGACGAACAGCAUGAAGCGUGCGGCGAUGUCGCAGCAGCUGCGCAACAAGGACCGGCAGAUUCUCCGGGCGAAGGAGCGGCGCCUGCAGCGGCUGACGGAGCAGACGCGUGGCGUCGGCGGCAUGGACGACGGCCCCGGGAGCCACAACAGGGGCCCGAACGACGGCGCAUGGGAGGAGGACGAGCGGUACGGCGGCGGCGGCGGCGGCAACGGCGGCGGCAACGACCUCCUCAACCAUGAGCUGCUGGAGCGGCCGGAGGACCUUGCGGGGGGGUUCCGCUCCGCGCGGGAGUUGCCCUCGCGACUGCCGCCGUGGAUGAAGCACAGCUUUGGCGAGAAGCCCCGCUUCGGCCCCGCCUUCACCUCGCAGAGCCUCACGGAGCAGCGUGAGUCGCUGCCCAUCUUCGCCUACCGUGACCGGAUUCUUCAGCACGUGGACAGCCACAACGUGACGGUGCUGGUGGGGGAAACAGGCAGCGGCAAAACGACGCAGAUCCCGCAGUACCUUGCGGAGCACGGCUACAGCAAGCAUGGGAUGAUAUGCUGCACGCAGCCCCGCCGUGUGGCGGCGGAGACGCUCGCCAUUCGCGUGGCGGACGAGUACGGCUGCCGCCUGGGCGAGGAGGUGGGCUACACCGUCCGCUUCCGCGACGUUACCUCCUCGCUGACGAAGAUUAAGUACAUGACGGACGGCAUGCUGCUGCGGGAGGCCCUGCUCGACGACACCUUUCAGCGCUACAGCGUCAUCAUCCUCGACGAGGCGCACGAGCGGUCGGUGAACACGGAUUUGCUCUUUGCCAUCGUCCGCAACGCGACGCACAAGCGGCCGACGCUGAAGGUGAUCGUCACCUCCGCCACGCUGGAGCGGGAGAAGUUCUGCAACUACUUCAACGUCGCGGACGUCUUCUUCAUUGAGGGCCGCGCCUUUCCUGUGGAGGUAAACUUCCUUCGCGAGCCGACCGAGGACUACCUGGACUGCGCCCUCCGCACCGUGAUGAAGCUGCACCUGGAGGAGCCGCCGGGGGACGUGCUGGUGUUCCUGACGGGGCAGGAGGAGAUUGAGCUGGGCGGCGAGCGGCUCUUUCGCUGGAUGGAGAAGAUGUGCGAGCUCAGCGAGAGGCCGGUGCCUGACAUGCUCGUGCUGCCGCUCACCGCCUCCCUGCCGCAGGAGGUGCAGUCCCGCGUCUUUGAGCCCACCCCCCCGCGCUGCCGCAAGGUUGUGCUGGCCACCAACGUCGCGGAGACGUCCAUCACCAUUAGCAACCUCUACUUUGUGGUGGACAGCGGGUUCUGCAAGCAGAACGUCUUUGACCCCAAAACAGGCAUGGAGCAGCUGAAGAUCGUUCCCAUUUCACAGGCGCAGGCGCAGCAGCGGGCCGGGCGGGCGGGGCGCAUUGGCCCCGGGAAGUGCUUCCGCAUGUACACCGAGCCACAGUUCCAGAUGGACAUGGAGCCCGCCACAGUGCCAGAUAUACAGCGGUCGAAUUUGUUUAACGUGGUGCUGCAGCUGAAGGCCAUGGGCAUCAACGACCUCUUUGCACUUGACUUGAUGGAUCCACCGCCGCAGGAGACGCUCGUGUCGGCGCUGCAGAAGCUGCGCUACCUCGAGGCCCUCGACGACGAUGGAUUGCUCACGCCGCUGGGAGGUCGCAUGGCGCAACUCCCCAUCGACCCCUCGCAGAGCAAAACGCUGCUGACGGCGGUGGACAUGGGGUGCAGCGAGCCCGUGCUGACGAUAGUCUCGAUGCUUGCUGUGCAGAAGCGCGGGGUCUUUUACCGGCCCCGCGACCAGCAUGAGGCGGCCGACGCGGCAAAGCGGCAGUUUCACCAACCGGAGGGGGAUCAGAUCACGUUGCUGGCCGUGUACGACGCGUGGGUGGCAAAUGGCCUGAAUGAGGAGUGGUGCCAGCGCAACUUCUUAAAGCACCGGAUCCUGAUGGAGGCCCGUGACACACGGGAGCAGUUAAGCGACAUGCUACACAAGCGCCAUGCGUCGAUUCCGCACCACAACGACGACGCACUCACCGAGGUGCGGCGGGCCAUCACCGCGGGUCAUUUUUUCAAUGCGGCCAAGCGCAUCACAGACGUCGCCUACGCCACGCUGGCGGAGCGGCGUGAGGUGUACGUCCACCCCUCGUCGUGCCUGCGGGAUGCACCGCCGAAGUACGUUCUGUACAACGAGUUGCAGUUGACGAAUCGGGAGUACAUGCGGGAGCUGCUGGUGAUUGAGCCUCAGUGGCUGGUCGAGCUUGCCCCGGCCUUCUACAGCAGGCCGCGCAAGGGGCAGUUGACGAAGGAGCAGCGGGCAGAGCGGCUCAACCCAAUCCUGCGCGCCUGGGAAAAUGGGAGCUCGUGGAGGAUCUCGAAACAGCGUCGCCGGAGGUGA